AUGGCGACCCCAAAACCCCAGAGGUCUAAGGAGGAGGUGGAGGACAUAAUCCUCCGCAAAAUCUUCCAGGUCACGCUGACGGAGCCACCGCCGGAUCCCAACUCCCGAGUCGUCUACUUGGAGAUGACGGCAGCGGAGCUUCUCAGCGAGAACAAGCCGAUGAGGCUCACGCGCGACCUCUUGGAGUCGAUCCUUAUCGACCGCCUCAUGGGCGGCGGUGGCGGCGCCGCGGCGGCGGAGCCACCGUUCCAGUAUCUCGUCGGGUGUUACCGACGCGCCUACGAGGAGAGUAGGAAGAUCACCGCCAUGAAAGAUAAGAACUUGAGGUCGGAUAUGGAGUCUGUGAUUAGACAAGCGAAGAAGCUUUCUGUUUCGUAUUGUAGGAUCCAUUUGGGUAACCCGGAGUCGUUUCCGGGUUCGGGUUCGGAUCCGGGUACGGCGUCGCCUUUACUGCCGUUGAUUUUCAGUGAAGUGGGAGGCACAAUGGAUGAGUUUGGAGGGAGUAGUAGUAGUGGGGUGCAAUGCCCACCUGGGUUUUUGGAUGAGUUCUUUAGGGACUCGGAUUUCGAUAGCUUGGACCCGAUUUUGAGGGGAUUGUAUGAGGAGUUGAGGGAGAUUGUGCUUAAGGUUUCGGCAUUGGGGAAUUUCCAGCAGCCAUUGAGGGCCUUGUUGUAUUUGGUUAGCUUUCCGGUGGGGGCAAAGAGUUUGGUGAAUCACCCUUGGUGGAUUCCGAAAGGGGUUUACUUGAAUGGGAGGGUUAUAGAGAGGACUAGUAUUUUGGGUCCUUUUUUUCAUGUUAGUGCAUUGCCUGAUACUCCAAUUUUCAAGAGCCAGCCUGAUGUGGGGCAGCAGUGCUUUCCAGAAAAUUCAAGUGAUAGUGGUCUGCGAUCUUCAUACAGCACGAUUAAGACAAUGAUGAAUAAUUUAUAUGCCGGCCUCCAUGAACUUCUCCACACACUUUUAAAAAAUCCAGAAACUCGUGAGAGUGUUCUUGAGUAUCUUGCUGAGGUUAUCAACAAGAACUCAUCAAGGGCUCAUAUUCAGGUCGAUCCUCUUUCUUGUGCAAGUUCUGGCAUGUUUGUUACUCUCAGUGCUGUUAUGCUUCGACUUUGUGAGCCAUUUCUGGAUGCAAAUUCAAGUAAAAGGGACAAAAUCGAUCCGAAAUAUGUAUUCUAUGGUAACCGUCUAGAGUUAAGAGGUUUGACUGCCCUACAUGCAUCAUCUGAAGAAGUUACGGAAUGGAUUAAUGAAGAUAGGCUGGGGAAUGCUGGUGGUGAUGGUCAAAAUCGACUUUCACAAUCCCAACAAGCCACCAGUUCUGGCAGUAACAUAUCUCAACCUUCUAACCUGAAGCCGACCGGUGAAAAAAUUAAAUAUACAUUUAUUUGUGAAUGCUUCUUCAUGACUGCGAGGGUACUCAAUCUGGGUUUAUUGAAAGCAUUUUCUGACUAUAAGCAUCUAGUACAGGACAUGCAGAGGAAUGAAGAUACACUUAAAGCCUUGAAAAAGCAGGCACCUUCUCCUGGAAUGAAUAAUGAUAUAGCUCGCCUUGAGAAAGAGAUAGAGUUGUGUAAACAAGAAAAGCGUUGUUAUGAAGCUCAGAUACUAACGGAUGAACCACUCUUAGAGCGUGCUCUUUCUUUCUACCGGUUGAUGGUGGUAUGGCUAGUUCGCUUGGUUGGUGGAUUUAAAAUGCCUCUGCCAUCAUCUUGCCCUGUGGAAUUUGCAUCUAUGCCAGAACAUUUUGUGGAAGAUGCCAUGGAGUUGCUUAUAUUUGCUUCGCGGAUGCCAAAAGCAUUUCAAGGGAUCUUAUUGGAUGAAUUUAUGAACUUCAUUAUAAUGUUCAUGGCAAGUCCAGAAUAUAUCAGGAACCCUUAUCUAAGAGCAAAGAUGGUUGAAGUCCUGAACUGCUUGAUGCCCCGUCCAAGUCAUCAACCAGCUUCUGUUACAGCUGCUGCUGCUAGCCUGUUCGAAGGGCACCAACUGUCUCUUGAGUAUCUUGUGAGGAAUCUCUUGAAACUAUAUGUCGACAUUGAGUUCACUGGUUCUCAUACACAGUUUUAUGACAAGUUUAACAUCCGCCAUAAUAUUGCCGAACUUCUCGAAUAUCUUUGGCAAGUCCCCAGUCAUCGAAAUGCUUGGAAACAGAUUGCUAGGGAAGAGGAGAAAGGCGUAUAUUUGAAUUUCUUGAACUUCUUGAUCAAUGAUAGUAUAUAUCUUCUGGAUGAAAGUCUUAACAAGAUUCUUGAACACAAAGAACUGGAGGCUGAGAUGUCGAAUACUGCAGAAUGGGAGAGUAGACCUGCUCAAGAGAGGCAGGAGAGAACCCGCCUGUUCCAAUCUCAAGAAAAUAUCAUCCGAAUUGAUAUGAAGUUGGCAAAUGAAGAUGUGAGCAUGUUGGCAUUUACUACAGAACAAAUUACAGCUCCUUUCCUACUUGCUGAGAUGGUCGAAAGGGUGGCAAGCAUGCUCAAUUACUUUUUGUUGCAAUUAGUAGGUCCUCAAAGAAAAUCUCUUAGCCUAAAAGACCCGGAAAAGUAUGAAUUCCGUCCAAAGCAAUUGCUUAAGCAGAUUGUGUACAUCUAUGUUCAUCUAGCAAGAGGCGAUACAGAAAAUAUCUUCCCAGCUGCCAUCUCAAAGGAUGGUCGAUCUUACAAUGAGCAGUUGUUUGGUGCUGCUGCGGAUGUCCUAAGAAGAAUCGGUGAAGAUGGGAGGGUCAUACAGGAGUUUGUGGAGCUUGGUGCCAAAGCCAAGGUUUCUGCUUCUGAGGCCAUGGACGCUGAAGCUGUUCUAGGGGAUAUUCCAGAUGAAUUCCUUGACCCAAUUCAGUACACUUUAAUGAAGGAUCCAGUUAUCUUACCUUCUUCAAGAAUCACUGUAGACCGGCCUGUCAUUCAAAGGCAUCUUCUUAGUGAUAAUAGUGAUCCAUUCAACCGUUCCCAUCUUACUGCGGACAUGUUGAUACCUGAUAAUGAAUUGAAGGCAAAAAUACAAGAGUUCAUUAGGUCACAGGAGUCUAAGCGUGGGGAAAGCCUAGGCAUGCAGAGUGACAAGGCAACAAUACAAACCACAUCUAGUGAAAUGCUAAUUGAUUAGAUCAUUAGAACCUUGUUAAUAUAAUACUAGUUUUUUGGGGUGGUGGUUAACAUUCAGUGAUGAUUUAAGCAAAUGUUCAUAUGGAUACUAUUACUGAUCUGUAAAGUUAUGUAUUUUAUUUCUCAAUUAAUUUAUGACGAUUACUACAUCAGUUAGAAAUU